ACAAGAACAGGAAAUGCAGCAUGAGAAAAAAAGAGAUGUGUUGUCUGAAGUUAGUCGGCUAACGUUUACGUAAACUACACUGAAAGAACUUCUCACUGUGGCGUUUUGCUAAAUGAAGCAUUUACUUUCUGUUAGGUAUAGUCCGAAUUUAGUCAUCCUCGACUAACUCGUCACCUUCCUUGACAACAGGAACAAACUGUCAGGAUGGAUCCAGCUCUACUGAGGGAGCGGGAGCUUUUCAAGAAGAGAGCUCUGUCUACUCCAGCGGUAGAGAAGAGGCAAGCUGCUUCAGACUCUGGGUCACAUAAGAAGAAGAAGCCCAAACCUGACAAGGAGAGUUCAUCAGGGUCCAAGCACAGCAAUGAGUCUAGUAACGGUAGCAUAAACAUCAAGGCAAGCUCUGGUUACAAGUUUGGCUGCCUGGCAAAGAUAGUCAAUUACAUGAAGACAAGGCAUCAGAAUGGCGAUACACACUUCCUAACACUAGAUGAGAUUCUGGAUGAGACGAAACUUCUUGACAUCAGCAUGAAACAGAAACAGUGGCUAAUGACAGAGGCCUUGGUCAACAACCCAAAAAUUGAGGUCAGAGAUGGAACAUAUGGAUUCAAGCCAAAGUACAACCUCAAGGACAAGAAAGCCUUACUGAGACUUCUCGACAAACACGACCAGCUCGGCCUAGGAGGAGUGCUGCUGGAUGAUGUGGAGGAAGGACUGCCCAACUCAGCAAAGGCCAUUAAGGCUUUGGGAGAUCAAAUCAUCUUUGUGACAAGACCAGAUAAGAAGAAGAUCUUAUUCUACAAUGAUAAGCACUGCCAGUUUGUUGUAGAUGAGGAAUUCCAGAAACUGUGGAGAAGUGUUCCAGUUGAUUCCAUAGAUGAAGAUAAGAUCGAGGACUACCUGAAGAGACAAGGCAUCUCCUCAAUGCAGGAAACAGGACCAAAGAAAGUGUUACCAGUUCAAAAGAGGAAGAAGCAAGGUGGGCAGAGAAAGAGACACUUCAAGACCCACAACAACCAUUUGGCAGGGGUGCUGGAGGACUACUCAGAUGGUGUUCCUGUGAAGAAAUGAAAUUCUUCCCCCUCUGCAUUUCCCUCAUGGGGGCAAUGAAUAAAAUCUGUAAAUCAGAAAUGGUUUGGAAUAGACCCUGGGUACACAGCGAUACAGAUGUUUUCAUGAGUGUUUAUCUCAAACCAACUAGCUUCUUCUCCUUUGUUUGCGCUCCUUUUGGUGAUCAGUGACCUUGUAUUACUUGGAGCGAAUAGCAACUGUGUGGUGGAAUCUUUUUUGUUAAUUGAUCUGUGAUAACUGACGGACACUGGAGCAAAAAAGUAGUGAGACCAUUAUUAAAGGCACUGAACGGCCUUAACAUAACCAUCCUGACUGGGGGGCUCAUCAGCUUUGUUAAAGUGAGAUUAAGUUUAAGUGUGUAAAUAUUUUCUUUAUUUUGUUCAGUUUUUGCUAAGACGUGUGUACUGAAGGUUUUCUUUGAGAACACAGCAGUCUUUAUUCAAUGACUGCCUUCAGUCCUGAAAAAAGGAACUGUUGAAAACAGGAUUGUGUUUUACAGUGUGUCACAUUGGGGUAUUUCAUCCAGCAUGAAACAUCUUGGACUUCAAGUGAAACUGAAAAAAUAUGACUCAAUUUACUUUGUAGCGAGAUUGCAGAGUGGUGUAAAACAAGAGAACUUUUUGAACUUAUUUUAAUAAAUGAUGCUGUUACAGAA